CCCCGCGAGUUCACAGUCUCCGCAGGAAGGGGCGGGCCCUGCCGGCUGGCUUUGCAGAGGCCCCGCGUUGCCAUAGCGACCCUGGCCGGGCUCUGGACGCCAGAGCACUAGCCUCAGGCAGCGAUAGAAGCUGGAGGCUGAGGGCGGCGACCCCAUCGCUGUUUGCCUGGGACUCCAGAUCCAGACUCCGCCCCUCAGGAGAGCGCAGCACCCUCUGGCCCCACAGAAGCAGCCAACAUGCCUAUCUUCAAGUGCCCGCAAAAGUCGGAGCCCCUGUGGAAGGAGUGGGACAAGAAGGCCCAGAAGAACGGACUGAGGCACCAGGUGUUUGCUGUCAAUGGCGACCACUACGUGGGCGAGUGGAAGGACAACAUGAAACACGGGAAAGGAACACAGGUCUGGAAGAAGAACGGAGCCAUCUAUGAGGGGGACUGGAAGUCUGGGAAGCGAGAUGGCUAUGGCACCCUCAGCCUUCCUGACCAAGAGACCGGAAAGUACAAGAGAGUCUACUCAGGCUGGUGGAAAGGCGAUAAGAAAUGUGGCUAUGGGAUCCAGUUUUUCGGACCCAAGGAGUAUUAUGAGGGUGACUGGUGUGGCAACCAGCGCAGCGGGUGGGGUCGCAUGUACUACAGCAACGGAGACAUCUACGAGGGCCAGUGGCGUAACGACAAGCCAGAAGGGGAAGGCAUGUUGCGCCUGAAGAAUGGGAACCGCUAUGAAGGCAAUUGGCAGAGAGGUGUGAAGAAUGGGUCAGGGCGUUUCUUCCACCUGGACCAUGGUCAGCUGUUUGAAGGCUUCUGGGUGGACGACGUGGCCAAGUGUGGCACAAUGAUUGACUUCGGCCGCGAUGAGGCCCCCCAGCCCACCCAGUUCCCCAUUCCUGAGGUCAAAAUUCUAGAUCCCGACGGUGUGUUGGAGGAAGCCUUGGCUAUGUUCAAGAAGACAGAAGAAGAAGGAGAUUGAUGCCAGAAAUGAGACAGAGCCUGCAUCAGGCUCCACUCGUCAUUAAGAUUCGGCAUUGAAACGUGACCUGGCUUCUCACCCUAACACAGGAGCUCCCAACCUUGGAAUCCCGUGGGAGAUGUAAAAGCUAAGAAUGCCCAGAUUUCACACCCAGAGAGCCUCAUCUGUCUAGGAUGAGGCCUGGGCCUUCCAGAAGUUCCCCAGCUUGACUCUAGUGUGCAGCUGGGGCACAGAACUUCUGACUUACUGGCUUUGUGAACCUAAACAAGUGACCUCAGUUGCCCUGUCUGUAAAAUGUGAACCUCAGAGAUCUCACUGGGGUGGGGAUGGGGUGUUGUGAGGAUCUGCUGGCAGAUAUAAAAACAACAGAUAACAUGAAGUUAUUGAGGUGAGUUGUAAGCAGAUAUCCGGGAAAGGCUUUGCAAAAUUUUGGACAACAUUCCUGCAAGAUAAGAGCACCUCUUACAUAAUGUUUAGGAAUAGGAGUUCUGCAGUCAAACUGCUGCAGAAUGUGAAUCCCAGCACUGAUUUCUUAGCUGUGUGUUCUUGUGGACGUCACCCACCCUCUCUGUUCUCCAGGUUUCCUCUCCU